AGACCGAGUCAAGUUGGCAAGAAGAGAAAAAGACAUUGCUUAUGGAAAGAAUACAGAUGACUAUAAAAAAUAUGUUCAAAUUGUGCCCAAAGGGGACAGAAAAUUCCACCCGCGAACGCCAGAUAAAUUUGUUAACUGCAGUCGCAGAUCUUGGGAUGCUCAGGUGAAGAAGUGGAAACUCAACCUCCAUGCUUGGGCUGCUAAUUAUGGGGCUACAGAUGUUGGGUAUGUACAGUCUUUUGUUUCACAUGUACUUUUUUUUCUCGAGACAGAAGAGGACAAGAAUUCGGCAUUAACUGAGGAUAGUUUUGACUUAUCGGAUGGAGAAGAGGCAGCAGUUGACAAAGAACAGGGAGAGAAUUAUAAUGAAAUUAAGGAUAAUGUGGAGUACUUAGAGAUUAAAGUAGCAGACAAAAAUAUAAAACAGGAAGAAGAAGAAGUUGAAGAAGCAGAAGAAGUUGAAGAAGCAGAAGAAGUUGAAGAAGCAGAAGAAGUUGAAGAAGCAGAAGAAGUGGAAGAAGCAGAAGAAGUGGAAGAGGGCAAAGAAAGGGAAGAUGAUACUUUCCUGGAUUCAUUAGACUAUUCAUUAUUAGUUGGGGACCAGGAAUAA